UUUUGCUUUUGUGUAUGAAGCUCAGGAUCUUGGAAGUGGCAAAGAUUAUGCUUUGAAGCGAUUGUUGUCUAAUGAAGAAGAAAAGAACAAAGCCAUCAUUCAGGAAGUUUGUUUUAUGAAAAAACUUUCAGGUCAUCCAAACAUUGUCCAGUUCUGCUCUGCUGCAUCUAUAGGAAAAGAAGAAUCGGACACGGGACAGGCAGAGUUUCUUCUGCUUACGGAGCUGUGUAAAGGACAGCUGGUGGAAUUCUUAAAGAAAGUAGAAUCCAAAGGACCUAUCUCCUGUGACACAGUUUUGAAGAUCUUUUAUCAAACCUGCAGAGCAGUGCAGCAUAUGCAUAAACAGAAGCCUCCAAUUAUCCAUAGAGAUUUAAAGGUGGAAAACUUGCUUAUUAGUAACCAAGGGACGAUUAAACUUUGUGAUUUCGGUAGUGCUACGACUAUAGCUUACUAUCCUGACUACAACUGGUCUGCACAAAAAAGAGCACUGGUUGAAGAAGAGAUCACAAGGAAUACAACGCCAUUGUACAGGACACCAGAAAUGAUAGACUUGUAUUCAAAUUUCCCAAUUGGUGAAAAACAGGAUAUUUGGGCUCUGGGCUGUAUCCUGUACUUGCUGUGCUUUAGACAACAUCCAUUUGAAGAUGGAGCUAAACUUCGCAUAGUCAAUGGAAAAUAUGUCAUGCCACAAAAUGACACCUGCUAUUCUGUGUUUCAUGAUCUCAUUCGCUCCACUUUGAAGGUGAACCCAGAGGAGAGAUUGUCAAUCAGUGAACUUGUGAAUCAACUGCAGGAGAUUGCAGCAGCUAGGAAUGUGAAUCCUAAAUCCCCCAUCACAGAGCUCCUGGAGCAAAAUGGAGGCUAUGGGAACAAUGCUCAGCCUCGGUCAUCUGUGACUUCCAUUUUACAGAGCUCGAAGCCAGCAGGACAGCUCAACAAUAUGUACAAUGCAGGCCUGACCGUUGCGGAAUGUGACCAGACUUAUGGAGGGUUCUUUGAUAUUCUGAGGGGUGGAACAGAGCGAUUUUUCACUAAUAUUAAGGAUACAUCUUCUAAAGUUAUCCAGUCUGUGUCCAAUUAUGCAAAAGGAGACUUGGAUAUAUCAUACAUCACCUCCCGAAUUGCUGUGAUGUCCUUUCCAGCUGAAGGUGUAGAAUCUGCUAUCAAAAAUAACAUAGAAGACGUGCGGUUAUGUCUGGACUCUAAACAUCCUGGCCACUAUGCUGUGUACAAUCUCUCUCCAAGAACAUACAGGCCUUCAAGAUUCCAUAAUAGGGUUUCUGAAUGUGGCUGGCCAGCAAGACGAGCACCAAAUCUUCAGAAUCUUUAUAGCAUAUGCAAGAACAUGCAUUUAUGGCUGAAACAAGACCAGAAGAAUGUUUGUGUUGUGCACUGCCUUGAUGGAAGAGCAGCGUCUGCUGUUGUAGUUUGUUCUUUUCUGUGUUUCUGUCGUCUCUUCACUACUGCUGAAGCUGCAGUUUAUAUGUUCAGUAUGAAACGCUGUCCUCCUGGCAUUUGGCCUUCUCAUAAAAGAUACAUUGAAUACAUGUGUGACAUGAUGGCUGAAGAACCCAUUAUUCCUCACAGCAAGCCCAUCCUUGUCAGAUCAAUUGUCAUGACUCCAGUUCCUCUUUUCAGUAAGCAGCGUAAUGGCUGCAGGCCUUUUUGUGAGGUUUAUGUGGGAGAUGAGAGAGUAACCACAACCUCUCAGGAGUAUGACAGAAUGAAGGAGUUUAAAAUUGAAGAUGGGAGAGCAGUAAUUCCACUAGGUAUAACAGUUCAGGGGGAUGUUCUCAUUGUGAUCUAUCAUGCCAGGUCAACACUAGGAGGCCGACUGCAAGCCAAGAUGGCUUCGAUGAAGAUGUUUCAGAUUCAGUUCCACACAGGUUUUGUGCCCCGAAAUGCCACCACAGUGAAAUUUGCCAAGUAUGAUCUGGAUGCCUGUGACAUACAAGAAAAAUAUCCUGAUUUAUUUCAAGUUAAUUUGGAAGUAGAGGUGGAGCCUAGAGAUAGACCUAGCUGUGAACAGCCACCGUGGGAUAACAUGAAUAUAAAAGGACUGAAUCCCAAGAUCCUUUUCUCCACCCGAGAGGAACAACAAGAGACUUUAUCAAAAUUUGAAGGAAAAAGUCCAGAAAGUAGAGUAGAGGACAGUUCAUCUAAAAAUGAUCGUGUUCAACUCUCUGAUGACAAAGAGGAGAGUGAUCCUUCAGAUGAGGAAUUCCCUACAUUGCCAGGUGAAGAAAGCGCAGUAAUUGUUGAUGAAAAACAUUCUCUUACUCCAGAAGGAGAGUUGUUUUUUGAAGCAAAUUUUGGAGCUACACCUACACCGAUACAAAAAACUCUUCUUGAGGAGAAUGUAGACUUACUGGGACUAGACUCUGAUAUUUCACCAGAACAGAAACAACCUAUCCCAGAAAUGAACUCUUCAUCAAGUAAUGCGGACUUGUUGAACACUAUGUUUGUGGACAAUGCAUCACAGAUUUCAGAAGAGCCCACUGGAGAUCUUCUUGGACAAGGAACAGAUUUCUUUUUCAGCAGUCAGUGUCCAGCUGCUACUCAGGCUACAUCUUCAGCAGCAGCCAUGUCUUCAGCUGAUCCUUUUGACCCAUUCACGAUGUCAUCAAGUUCAGAGAAUCAAGCCUUGCCUGGUCCAGACCUUUUUGGGGACUUUCUUAAUCCAAGCUCAACAUCUACAGCUAAUACGGUUCCUUCCUCACACAGUUCACUUCCACCUUCUUCCAGCUCAGAUUUCUUAAAUUUAG